UCUCAUUCUUACCGACGCUGGCAGCGCUUGUAGACGAAGAUGAGAUCAGAGAAUAAUGUGGGGGACGCUCACUUACCCGGCGCCGCAAGCUCGAUAUCGUGUGAGAGUGCUUUUCUGUUGUCCACAUGGGCGAAUCAGGAUCCCUGCAGAACACUUUCCUCCGGAGUCUCGUGCCUUCUGGGGAAAACACGCCUGCUGGGUUUCCAUCACAGUCGACUCCCAUCCCAAAUAUCAGGCCAGACGAAACCUGCUCCAUUCGGUGCUGGCAAUGAUAUAUAGCUGCCACCUUUCACACGUGUCUUAACCUGCGCCUCCUGCGAUGGACUUCCUCGCCAAAGCGCACAAGCUCCCUCCUGCGCCUCCGCCGAACAAUGACCCCUCCUCAGUCAAAGGCAACAUCUCGUUAGAGAAGAAGGACCUCGCUCAGAGGAUCAUGGCGUGGCACAUCGGGAACUAUCCUGGCAGCAAGAUCUUUGGACGCUCGGAGCUGAGCGACUUGAAGCUCACGGAGGUCGCCGUCAGGACCGUCGGCAUGGGCGAUCAUACGGAACUGGUGGGAGAAGAUGUGCCAGUAGAGGAGCUGAGGAAGAUGCCACUGGAAGUGCAGUCUGUAAUGGAGAUCAAGGUGAAAGAAGAAAUGCUGAACGUUCAUAAGACGCUGGCUGGGGGUUGCUCGGCUCAUCUGCUUGAUGUAGGCACCUUCUCUCCUUUAUUAAUUCUUUCCCUCGUUACCGGCAUAGACGCGACGGGAGUAUCGAUGGCUAUGAACCUUGUAUGGCACUCUGCCGCACCACUUGGCACGGAGUUGAAAAUAGUGGGCACUUCGCUAUCGCUGCGUGGAGGCAUCACUGCCGCACGAUCUGAGGUAUAUGAUAAGAAGACAAAGCGUUUGCUGGUCUCCGCUGUGCAUACAAUUGCACCGUUCGCAGCACGAGCACCGAAAUCGUCAGACAAGCAAGGGUCGAAAUCAAGAUUGUGAACCUGUCGAUCGUA